AUGUAUGGUUACUUGCUCUUCUACUACCUCAUCGCAGCAGGGUCAUGGGCCUACGACUUUGAAAAUCAGUCCUCAGGCCAUGCGAUACUCUAUAAUAUCAGCUCCCUCGGCCAAACCCCGAGGAACGUCGACGAGCCUACGAAAGUUCACUACGAGCAGAAGAUCGACAUCAAGGAGCCCACAGACAACCGGCGUGGUAGUGUCUUGACGCUCAUGAACGGCAAUAUACAUUCGAUUGGAAACGUCGGUGGAGUCAGCGCUCUCGGGUGGAGCGGCACCCGCUACAACGAGACUGUCGGACAGCCGGCGACCGAGAACCACGGCCUGUCGGGGGUAUGGCUCGCGUUCACUUCCUCGCAGGCCAUCGCAGGGGGAUAUUCGCUGACUUCCAAGGGUCUCACCACGUCGAAUAACGUCAAUGUGGGGAACGUGACGCUCCGUUCCAACUUUACCCUGGCUCUUCCCGAACAAGAACAAGGAGAGGAAACAGGUCGACAUCAUGGCAAGACAAGGUCAGCCUCGCAAUUGAGCUGGGGGGGCAAAGAACAACAGUCGUCGCUGAGCAUGUCGCACCAAAUGUACAAAGCAUGA